AUGUCAAAGCGUCUCCGUGCCGAGCAGCAGCGCUUCCCUCCUCCGCACCCCCCAGCCCAGAUUUCCAUGCUGCUGCUGAGCCUCGGCUGGCUCUGCCUAGCGUCACCCCCGGCUCAAGGUGAGAAUGUGGACAGCAAAUUGGAGUCCUCGAGACAGCAGAUGCCAAAGGACCAGUCAAAAGAUUAUGAGAUAACAGUUCCCUUCCUUUUGAAUGGAGAGCAGUGGAGACCGGUAAAUGGCAUUUAUUCAAAGAAUCACCCGGCACUGCUGCAGUUUGUAAUACAAGCUGAAAGUAAACAUCUAGUCAUCAAUCUGGAGAGGAACGAGGGCCUGUUAGCAAGCAGCUUCACAGAAACACAUUAUUUGAAAAACGGCACUGAUGUGAUUCUCGCACGCAAUUACACGGGUCACUGCUAUUACCACGGCGAUGUACGAGGGUAUCCCGACUCCUCAGUCAGUCUCAGUACCUGCUCUGGACUCAGGGGAAUUAUUGUAUUCGAAAACAAAAGCUACAUUCUGGAGCCAUUAGAAGGUGCUACAAGUGAACACAAAAUCUACCGAGCAGAGAAUUUGAAAAUAGCCCCAGGAUCUUGUGGCCACCAGCUGGACAUCUCUGCCAUGAGGGCUGAUGACAAUGACACAUCACACCAUUCUCAAGCUGGCAGGUACAAAAGGGAGACUCUGAAGACGACGAAGUAUGUGGAGCUUGUUAUAGUGGCAGAUAAUCGUGAGUUUCAGAGACAAGGCAAGGAUGUGGAAAAAAUUAAGCAGAGGCUGAUAGAAAUUGCAAACUAUGUUGACAAGUUCUAUAGGCCGCUAAAUAUUCGAGUAGCCCUGGUCGGAGUGGAAGUAUGGAAUGACAUGGAUAAAUGCUCUAUUUCACAAGACCCUUUCACCAGCCUCCAUGAGUUUCUGGACUGGAGAAAGCUAAAACUACUACCUCGUAAACCCCACGACAAUGCACAGCUGAUAAGUGGGGUGUACUUCCAAGGGACUACCAUUGGCAUGGCGCCCAUAAUGAGCAUGUGCACUGCAGAGCAGUCUGGAGGGGUCGUCAUGGAUCACUCAGAAAACCCUCUAGGUGCAGCAGUCACCCUGGCUCAUGAACUGGGCCACAAUUUUGGAAUGAAUCACGAUACAUUGGAGAGGGGCUGUAACUGCAAAGCGUCUACUGAUAAAGGGGGUUGCAUCAUGAACCCCUCUACUGGCUAUCCAUUUCCCAUGGUAUUCAGUAGCUGCAGUAGAAAGGACCUGGAAAACAGCCUGGAAAAAGGAGUGGGAAUGUGUCUGUUUAACUUGCCUGAAGUCAAAGAGUCCUUUGGUGGACAGAAGUGUGGGAAUGGCUAUGUGGAAGAUGGAGAGGAGUGCGACUGCGGGGAGCCUGAUGAAUGUACAAACCGGUGCUGUAAUGCAACUACCUGUACUUUGAAACCGGGAGCAGUGUGUGCGCACGGACUUUGCUGCGAAGACUGCCAGUUAAAACCAGCAGGGAUUUCUUGCAGAGAGUCAAGUAAUUCCUGUGAUCUGCCUGAGUUUUGCACAGGAGCCAGCCCUCACUGCCCAGCUAACGUCUACCUGCACGACGGGCACGCGUGCCACAGGGUGGACGGCUAUUGCUACAAUGGCAUAUGCCAGACCCAUGAGCAGCAGUGUAUCACCCUCUGGGGCCAAGGUGCGAAACCUGCUCCUGGGAUCUGCUUUGAGAGAGUCAAUUCUGCAGGUGAUCCUUACGGCAACUGUGGCAAAGACUCCAAGAGCUCCUUUGCUAAAUGUGAACCCAGAGAUGCUAAAUGUGGAAAAAUUCAGUGUCAAGGGGGAGCAAACCGACCUGUCAUUGGUACCAAUGCUGUUUCCAUAGAAACCAAUAUCCCACUUCAGGAAGGCGGCAAGAUUCUGUGUCGUGGUACCCACGUGUAUUUGGGUGACGAUAUGCCGGAUCCUGGUCUUGUGCUGUCAGGAACCAAGUGUGAAGAUGGAAAAAUUUGCCUUAAUCGCCAGUGCCAGAAUACGAGUGUUUUUGGUGUACAUAAAUGUGCAACGAAGUGCCAUGGACGUGGAGUCUGCAAUAAUAAGAAGAACUGUCACUGCGAGGCUGACUGGGCCCCCCCCUACUGUGACAAGCCAGGGUUUGGUGGCAGCGUGGACAGCGGACCAAUUAGGCAAGCAGAUAAUAAGAGUUUAACCAUUGGAGUGCUGAUAACCAUUCUGUGCCUUAUCUUUGCUGGAUCAAUCAUGUAUCUGAAAAGGAAGACUUUCAUGAGAUGGUUGUUUACAAGUAAAAAGACAACAAUAGAGAAACUGAGGUCUGUGAGUCCAGCAAGACCUUCCAGUUCAUCUGAGCCUAAUCAUGUUCAUACCACGUCUCUCAGUAAAAAUCUCAUCAUGAAGCCACAAAAUACAAACAUACAAAAACGAGAUGGUCCAAGAAGACCGCUGCCCUAUCAGAUCAUUGACAUUAGUAACCCUGUGAAGACACACGAUUUGCCACAAUUAAAAACACCACAGCGAGUCCUACCACCCCUUCCCCAGCUGCCGUCUCACCAAGCUGUGCCUGAAAGACCCUUGCCAGCUAACCCUUCGCUGAGGUUCGCCCAGGAAAACCACAAACCAAACCCUCCUCGGAAGCCUCUACCAGCAGACCCUCUGAACAAAGCACGCUACAACGGUGCAUGCACAGCAGCGCCUGGACACACAAAAGCUCUGCCUCACGGUACUCCCUUAAGACCUGCUCCUAAGCAUCCACCACAGGUCUCCAGGUCCAGCAACACCGCUGAUAUGAAAUGACUAGAAAAUCUGACACCUUUAUUUUAAAAAGUGAAGACAGAAGUUUGCACUAUCUUUAAACUCCAGCUGGAGUUCACUUUUAUGACAAUACUUAGAAUUUUUAAUGUUUAAAACAGCAUUAUUUUUAAGAAUUCUGAGCUACUGCCUUUGGUGCUGUGCUGUGCUAUGGUGCUCUGUAUACUUGCUCAG